UAUUACACAAUUUAACCAACAUAUUGCACUUAAUGCUGAGGAUUAACGAGGGCGGGAAAUAUAUAUAUUGCGGUACAUGUCUCGAGCUGAUGUUGCUUUGUUUGUUUGACCAUCAUUUUUAACUAUGGUCGUUUCAAACUCAAAAAAGAAUAUUGAGGGUUGCAAACUACCGGUAAAACUACCGGACUCCGACUUUUUCCAUAAUGCUGAGGUUUUGGGUACCCGUGAUGUAGGUGAUUGUACAUACUAUUACGUUCACUAUGAUGACUAUAAUAAACGGCUGGAUGAAUGGGUUAGUGCAGACCGCCUCGACUUUUCUAAAAUAGAACGACCACUAAAGAAGUCGACCAAAGAACCCGUCACACCUGUUUUCAGCUUAUCCUCCACUGAAGACGAAGUUAUUAGUUCAGCGGAGCUCCGAGCGACAGAUUCGGAUUUGAACCCUCCUCUGAAAUAUCGUAGCUCCAGCUCAUCUAGUUUGACUCAACUGAAAAGAAAACGACCACCUGACGAUAUCUAUGAAGGACCCAUACAUUUAACGCUACAGAAUGACGUGAAUGAUCUUGUGUUCGAUGACUCUCCAACGUCAGCUGGAAAACCCAGGCAAACAGGCAGUAUGGUUUCUAGCCACCAUGAACAAGAUACUGUUACGAGAAUGAGAAAUCUGGAAUGGAUUGAAUUAGGAAGAUAUCGAAUUAAACCAUGGUACUUUUCCCCAUAUCCACAGGAAUUAGCAAGUGUUCCGUGUGUAUAUAUAUGCGAAUUCUGUCUGAAGUAUUUGAAGAGUUUCACAUGUCUGCGCAGACACUUGGCUAAAUGUACACUAAGAAAUCCUCCUGGAAACGAGGUUUACCGCAAACUGCCUCACAGUUUUUUCGAAAUCGAUGGACGUAAAAAUAAAACUUAUGCUCAACACCUUUGUCUACUUGCGAAACUGUUCCUGGAUCACAAAACCUUGUAUUAUGAUACAGAUCCAUUCUUAUUCUACGUUCUUUGUGAAAUAGACUCUCGUGGUUACCAUCUAGUUGGAUAUUUCUCAAAAGAAAAAGAAUCUUCUGAAGAUUACAAUGUGGCAUGCAUCUUAGUACUUCCACCUUUUCAACGAAAAGGUUAUGGAAAAUAUUUGAUUGAAUUUAGCUAUGAAUUGAGCAAAAUUGAAGGUAAAUCCGGAUCACCUGAAAAGCCGCUAAGUGAUUUGGGUCUAUUAUCUUAUCGCUCUUAUUGGGCUCAAACAAUUCUUGAAUUGUUACUAAACUCUAAAGCAACAGAAACUGGUCAGGAUCCAGCAUUAAGUAUAAAUGAUAUUGUUGAUAGAACAUGUAUUAAACGAGAUGAUGUAAUUGCUACCUUAUCUCAUUUAAAUGUAUUAUACUAUGUGAAAGGACAACAUGUUAUCUAUUUAUCACGUGAUCUUAUACAAGCACAUCAAAAAGCUAUGCAACGUCGUAAUUUACGUGUUGAUGCAAAAUUACUUAAUUGGAAAUCAAGAGAUUGGAGUAAACGUGGUCGAUGGUGAGGUGGGUUUUUUUUCCCACUGGAGGAAGUGAAGGUUGGCGGAGCACUACAUUCACAGGGAAAAUGUGUUAUAUAUAUAUAUAAAUAUAUAUUCCUGUGUGUAUUUAUAACGUUUUCCCUUCGUAUCAGUUUGUUAUCAAUAAUCAUCAAUGAAUAGUUAGCUUUCAUCAAUGUAAUAUAAAUUAGAUGAAAAAUACAAUAAUUACUAUGUAUUACUAAUUAUUGGUUAAAUGUAGUGUGAUACACUAUUUAAAGUAGUUCAGAUCAUGCUUUGAAAUGUGAAUUGUUUAAUAAAUUACUUCUAGUUGUAUUUAUGUUUAUGUAGAUGUGAAACAGGUUUUGUGUUAUUUAAUUUAAUAAAGAAAUGUAAUAAUAAUAAUAAUAAUAAUAA